AUGUUAAGGUUAUUAAGGCCGUCAUGUGUUCAUCCGUCACAAUUACUUACUAGAUUUUACGCUAAAAUUGUGAUGACUGACGAUGGAUCAACAAUAGUAGCAUUACACAAAGACCAAGAGUUUCCGUAUGAAUUUUCCAAACCUUUACCGGAAGAAAGUAUUGAAGAUAAGUCAGUUCUUCGAAUGUCUGAUUAUUCCGAGGUUAAGCGGGUUUUUAAAGAAAUGAAACCAGAAUUUGCAAGGCAGCAAUUAUCCUCGUUAACUCUGACAACUCAACAUCGUUGGUUCCCUAGAUCUAGAGACAAGAAAGCCAAGAAGACAGAAAUGAAUCGACCCUAUUUAUAA